AUGCAUUUCCUCGCCAAACCUGCCACGGCAACACGAGAACAGACCCAGAACGAUGAGAUUGAGAAGGAGCUCAAGGCAGAGGCCCGUGCAAAGGGUAAGGAACACAAGAUAUUGCUGCUGGACGAACACGCCGACGACCGCGAGGCGACGGUGAUGAUGAACAGCGUGAAAGAGCGGGGAAAGGGGAAGGAUCUUGCCGAGCAGCCAGACGCGAGCAUCGUCGAGGCCCGAAUGCAGGUCGGAGCAACGACACACAACUUCGUACAUCUUCGACACUGGCACCGCGGCCACGGCGACAUGGACAAAUGGAUGCAGUGCUUCGAAAAUGUCACCGCCAUCGCCUUCUUCGCCGACUUGUGCGACUACAAUGUCAUGGAGCUCGAUGAAAACCGUCUCUUAACGAGCAUCACCCACUUCGACAACCUCUGCUCAUCUCGCUGGGUCAGCAACGUCAGCAUAAUACUCUUCCUCAACAUUGAGGGACUGCCUGAACGGCUCUCGGAAUCUCCCCCCGACCCGGCCCACUUCCCCGGUUAUACUGGCGGAGGCGACUACGACAAAUUCUGCGACUACGCCCUCCAUCGCUUCAUCAGCCUCAACCAGCACCCCGGAACCAGCGUCAUCUACGCCCACUACGUCACUUCGACGAACCAGGAAACGACGAUCAAGUUCAUACUGAGCGCAAUUGUCGACAUCGCGCUGUCCGCGAAGCUGAACGCUGAGGCAGACAAGAAGAAACCAAGCCCGAGACCGCUAACUGGAACAUCGCGCUAA